CUUCCAUGAAUGCAGCCCAACAGUCUUCCUCUCCUGAAGAUAAGGAGACAUCAACUCAGCCAGUCGAGGAUGUCAACAGUGAUGUUUCGGUAAUGAAAUUGAAGAAGACUGCAUAUGGCCAAAGAGUGUACAACAAAAAGCAGUAUUGCUUUUACUGCUGCAAACCAUUCAGCAAGAUGGCAAGGCACUUGGCCCAAAUACAUAAGGAUGAGGUGGAGGUUGCAAAAGCACUUUCUUUUACGAAGGGGUCUAAAGAAAGAAGGGUUCAUCUAGAUCUUUUGCGUAACAAAGGGAAUCGUGCACACAACGUAAACGUUCUGAAAGCAGGCAAAGGUGUAUUGGUGCCACGUCAACAAGCAACUGCCAAGCAGGUAGACGUGAAUGACUAUGUGCACUGUUUACACUGCCAAGGGCUGUUCAGACGAAAGGCUCUUUGGAGGCAUAUGGCAAGGUGUAAUUUGGCGAAGAAGUGCCAGCUCACAAAACCAGGCAGAUCUAGAGUUCAAGCACUCUGCGCAUAUGCACAGCCUGUCCCUGAAGGGGUAAGUAAGAAGUUAUGGAAGCUCAUAAGUGACAUGAAGCAAGACAAAGUAACACAGGCAGUUAAAAGUGAUGUAUGUAUCAUCAGAUUUGGAGAACAUUUGUGUAACAAAAUGGGCAAUGACAAAACUAAGCACGAAUACAUAAGAACUAAAAUGCGUGAGGCUGGAAGGCUGUUGGUGUGUGCCAAGAAAAGGGGAACGCUAAAUGCAAUCAAAGACUUUUUCAUACCUUCAAACUUCUACAAUGCCAUUCAGGCUGUUAAAGACACAGCAGGAUUCAAAGAUGAAGAAGAGGUCUUCACAGUCCCCUCUUUGGCUUUGAAACUGGGCCACACCCUCAAGAGAAUGGCGGAUAUUGCUGAAUGUGAGGCAAUGAUGGCAGGAGAGGAAAGCAGCAUACAGAAUGUGAAGCGCUUCAAAGACAUGUACACCACUAAAUGGAAUGAGUGUGUGUCAGCAUCAGCCUUGAAAACCCUGAGAGAAGCAAAGUGGAACUCUCCAGAACUUCUUCCUUUCACAGAAGAUGUCAAAAAAAUGCAUAUGCACCUCAACAAGAAAACUAAACAGUAUCAGGAAAAAAUCAAAGCCGAGAAAAACCAGAAGAAUUGGUCACAGCUUGCCCAAGCGACUUUGUGUGAGGUAAUCCUAUUUAAUCGCCGAAGACCUGGAGAAGUCUCAAAAAUGAAAUUGAACACAUUCCUUCUCAGAAACACUUCAGUCUUGCAUUCUGAUGUUGCUGAUGCCUUAUCUGAAGUUGAGAAGAAGCUCUGUCAGCAUUUCCAACGCAUUGAAAUCCGAGGUAAGCGAGACCGAAAGGUCCCAAUACUCCUGACUCCAGGCAUGCUGGAUUCAAUGGAUCUACUUGCAAAGUCUCGCCAAACAUGUGGUGUACUGGAUGAAAAUCCUUUUUUUUUUUCGACACCCAUGACUGAGAAAUCCUACUACCAUGGCACAUCUUGUAUCAGGAAAGUUGCCCGGGAGUGUGGGGCCAAAUAUCCAAAGGCUCUUUCAUGCACAAAGCUGCGGAAACAUGUGGCUACAGUCUCUAAAGUGCUUAAUCUGAAGGACACUGAGAUGGACCAGUUGGCGGACUUCAUGGGACAUGACAUUCGUGUGCACAGACAGUUUUACAGGUUGCCUGAGGGGACGCUGCAGCUAGCCAAAAUCAGCAAGGUGCUGUUAGCCCUUGAACAGGGAAGAGUUGCGGAAUUCAAGGGUAAAAACAUUGAAGAGAUCAACAUUGAGCCUUAUGAGAAGCUGAAUUUAGUCAGUAACAUGUCUGAAAGUGAAGAUGAAGAGAGUGACAGCGAGAUGCCACAGCCAAAGAACACCAGGCGACCCCAGCGUCCUUCAACAUCUACAGACGAAUGUUUGGUUGACAGCGAGUCUGCAAUGCCACAGCCAAAGAAGCGACGACUAUCCCCUUCAACAUCAACGUCUACAGAGGAACUUCCCAUUAGCAGGAGGUCUACAAAGGGAAGAAGGAAGAAAGGAGGAAAGAUGCCUUCAAAAUCAGGUGGGUCAAAAUCCUCAAAAAGGGAGUGGACAGAAGAGGUGAAGGCAGUUGAGGACAGAUGCUUAUCCACUUCAAUAUCUUCAACCUCUACAGGUGUGUCAAAACCCCCCAAAAGAAAGUGGACAGAAGAAGAGGUGAAGGCAGUUGAGAACAAACUGAUGGAUUGCAUCACAUCUGGCAGGGUACCAGGGAAAUUGCAAUGUGAAGACUGCAUCAGGUCAGCUCCUUCAGUUCUUAAGCACAGAACCUGGGAAGCGGUGAAGUUUUACAUCAAAAACCGAAUAACGGCAUACCAGAGGGAAUGUGGUAAAAGAAAGUGAAAAAGCCGGCUCGGAUCAGUAUUAUAACUUUUCAGUUUUAGUCACAUCUGUUUUUUUUAACAGACUUGGU